UAUUGUUCCUUUGAGUUUGCCAAGGAAUCUUGCGAAAUGGCCUCCAACAAACGAGACCUUAUAAUUAUCUCGAUCGCUCAGCUUGUAAUUGCAGGUAUCCUCUUCGUUCUCGGAAUGGUAGACCAUUUUGAAGUUCGCUUCAUGUAUGCCAGUCUCAUAUUGAUGCCAAUUUGGAUUGCCCUUCUUGUCAUACCCAUCGGCAUCAUGGGAUUGGUUUUAGCCGUGAACAGAUCCAGACCCUCCUCUGCUUUGAUGAGCGGCCUGAGGUCAGUGAGCAUUGCAUGUGUCGCUGUAUCAGUAUUAACCAUAUAUAUCUCUGCGAUUGCACUUAAUACCAUAUUGAUCAUCAAAUACUGGGUAGCACAAACUGGUAGUGACCAGAAAUUUAGAUGGUUCGUUGAUAAAGACGCAGAAAUCGAGUUCCAGAAAGAGGAAAAAACCAUGAUAGCUGUACAUGUCUUGAUUAUCAUGUGCUCCAUCCUCGAAAUUAUACUUGCCAUGGCAAGUGUCCAAACCGGCAAGGCCAUGGCUAAGGAGCCACAGGACACUCAGGCAAGCGUUGCCUAUCGUCAAGUGGCAGUGGAUGGUGUCCCUCUGUUGUUCUCGAGUUCAGAUCAAGAGGCAGCUUAAAUGGUAUCAGUUCCAUACACUGCUGUACAGAGGGCGACCAGAUGUAAUCCAUUGCUUUUUUAACGCCAUGAUAGUAAAUUAAUUGUUAAAACCAAAAAACCGAGAAUGUUAUUAGAAGUAGUUUUAGUAGUAUAAUAUAAGUAGUAUUUGGAUUUUUAUAUUUUUAUAUUAGUUAGUUUUUAAUCUUAACUUAUUUUAAAUUUAUACACCUUCAA